AUGUUCUUGAUUAGUAACGCUGAGAAGUACAUCCCAAAGAAGGUUAAUUUAGAUGCUGUCACUAUCCAGAAACCGGGCGCCGAGAUCGAUAAAACCUACAACCGUGCUUCUUUUUGUCUCUCUCAGUAUCAUUCCAUAGCAUAUUUCGGCAUUUUCUUCACCCUCACGAUCUUGACGACAGCCUCACGCAACGGCACCAAGCUCAGCGUCCUCGAACUCCCUACCGACCGAGUUGUUACUAUUAACAAUCUCAUCAUGUACAAGAGCCUCAAGAACGUCAUUUCGAACCAGUCCUCCAAAUGUCAGGUUAUCCAAGGCGGAAAUACGAGUCCUCACUUUCCAAAGUAAGCGAUUUGCUGGUCUUCGACGUAGAAAUGUCAAAGCUCCCAACAGGGAGAUAUCAACAAGAACAAACUUUUCUGUGGAGACUCAAUCCAGUUCAUAAUUUAGUGGGGACUCGGGGAAUGCCUCAAGGCUGUCAUUUUUCAUAGAAAGUUCUUGGGCCCUGCGGCGACAGGAUUUGAAGCUGAAAGUAAGUGUCCAGAGUUGACUGCCAGAAGCAUGUAGAAUUUUUAAGCAUAUCAACCACCUUACUCUCCCCACUAUGACGUGAGCGGACCAAAAAAGAAUACUAAAAAACAUACAACAGUGGGUAUUCGCUGGUGGUCACCCACCCAACUACUAAUCCACCGAUUUGAAGCUUGAGUUUGGCAGAGCGGACGGGAUGCCCUUUUCUCUUCAAUCUAUGGUCGUAUGUGACAGGUUUUGUGGUAUUUUGUGCUAUAUUUGGUGCUCAAAGAUCAGAUCCGGGCACCCAAUGCAAUUUGAAGAGUAACCAGAAAGGCAACAACAAACAAAGUCUGGACUCUAAAUUGCUUAUGGAACGAUUGUUUGUAGAAUUCCUGAUACUGAACCUGACGAAUUUAAUACUCUUCCUUCAAGAACAAUCCCAUCUCACCAACACGACAUUGUCUGUAAUAUCUCGCUUUUUCCAUUAAGGUAGGCUCUCAACACUUUACGUUUCAAGAAGCAGCCCCUUGAAUCCGGCUGUAAGAAACGACCUGGUAUCAGAACCAAAGUGCUGUAUGCAUCUUUGCCCAUUCUCGGAUUCUUCGUCACCAA